AUGGUCCUGCGUCUUCGACUCGCCCGUGUUCCGGGCCCGGGCGGAGCCAAACGACACCGACCCAUCUACAACAUCGUCCUUGCGCAGGCGCGCUCAGCCCGAGAUUCCAAACCAAUGGAGGUCUUGGGCAUGUACGAUCCCGUUCCCAAAGAGACGCCCGGCGCAAAGGAAGGCGAUCGAAAGACGAAAGAGAUCAAGGUGGAUGUCUCGCGUGCCAAAUACUGGCUUGGAGUUGGUGCACAGCCGAGUAAUACUGUGUGGAGGCUGCUGGCGAUGAUUGGACUGGUCGAGCCGAGAUAUCUGCCCACCGGGCAGCAGACACAGAAUGCCCUCAAGGCCGUCCGAUUUCCAGUUCAUCAAAACGCAGGGACGAGCGGUAAGACUCGGGGUGAGAAGGCGGCAGCUAGCAAGAGCAUGAAGGGCAACACAAUGGUGGGCAAGGGUGAGAUUGGCGCAGGCACAACCAGUCCGAUGAAUCCGAAUGAAGCAUGA